AUGUUCGAGAAUACCUGUACCUUACCUCUUUCGGCGGAUGUAUUUACGACCGCUCUACACCCUUCUGAACCCCUUCUCACGGUUGGCCUCUCAAGCGGUCAUGUCGAAACUUUCCGGUUGCCGCCUGGCUCUUCCUCAGACGAAAGCGCCGAUGGAGACACCAGUGUAUUGAGCGAUGGAAAAGGCAUGAUAGAUUCGGUUUGGCGCACUCGACGUCACAAGGGGAGCUGCAGAUCUUUGGUCUACGCUAUGGACGGCUCAGCUGUCUACUCUGCCGGAACCGAUUGCCUGGUUAAGCACUUCGAGCCUACGACUGGACAAGUUGUUUCCAAGUUUGCCGUCCCGAAACGAAGAGAUGUGGAUGAUGCACCAACUCUGCUUCACGUUCUGAAUCCCCAGUGCCUUCUUCUAGCGACCGACUCUGGCGCCCUUCAUAUCUUUGACAUUCGAGAUGGUACCCCAAACAAGAAGCCUGUCUCAUCGCACCGUCCUCAUUCCGAUUAUAUCUCUUCGGUUACACCUCUGCCGCCGACGCAGAUGAGCACUAGUGGAUUUCCUAAGCAGUUUAUCAGUACUGGUGGUACUACCCUAGCUGUGACUGAUUUCAGGAGAGGAGUGAUGGUCCGUAGCGAUGAUCAGGAGGACGAGUUGUUAUCUUCGUGUUAUAUCACGGGCAUGGGCCCCAAGGGACACCGCGAAAAUGGUGUUCUCGCGUGCGGUUCAAGUUCUGGAGUGCUGACUCUGUGGGACAAGGGAGCCUGGGAUGAUCAGCAGGAACGAAUCAUCGUCGAUGGCGACAGGAGGGGUGGUGAGAGUAUUGAUGCCACGGUCUUGAUCCCACAAGAAAUGGGACUUGGAAAGAAGGUCAUUUGCGGUCUUGGUGACGGAAACCUACGUGUUGUCGAUGUCGUCCGUAGGGAGGUUGACUUUGCGGCCAAUCUGCGUCACGAUCAUAUGGAGAGCGUCGUAUCACUAGGCUUCGAUUCUACGAACCGACUUAUCAGUGCCGGUGGAAAGACCGUCAAGCUUUGGGAAGAGCUUUCUGCUCUUCAAGGCGAUGGUAGCGAUGAUGAUGACGACGACGACGACGAUGACGAAGAGGAGGACGGCAAUGGGAAACGGCCUGCAGAGAGCGACAGUGACGAAGACAGCGAGGUAGACCAUAUCGCAGAGAUGAAACAACGGGCCAAGAGACGCAAGGAGACCCAGAAGAAGUCCAAGCUUGGACAAUGGGGACACCAUGGUGUGAUAGGGCUUGAGGGCUUGGACUGA